AUGGGGGGAGGUCCAAUAGCUGGGGAAACUGAUAUGGACUGUAGCCGUAAAUGGCUUGAGGGAAUUGUGGAUGUUGCUCCAGAUAAUAUUGACACAUGUAUAUCUGAUGUGUCGAGAUCAGCACAAGAAGUGGAAAUACAUCCUGAAGUCGGUGAAAUCAUUCCGUUGGCUUCAGACACAGCAAACAACGUUGCUUCAGACACAACAAGUAGUGUUGCUCUAGCUUCACAACAUCAAAGCGACGUACUGAUCCAAUCACGGCUUACUUCGGUUGUUGCUACCAUCUUAUUGGCAGUAUUUGGGGGGCUAACCAUUGGUUACGCCAUGAAUAUCACAGGUGGUACUACCUCCAUGGAGGGCUUCUUGGUCACACUCUCAAAAGCAAUUCACAGAAGAAAGGUGAAGGCCACGACAAAUAACUUCUGCACUUAUCUCAACAUCUGGCUCGCACUCUUCACAUCUAUUCCGCAAGUCUCGUUCAUUCCAUCAAUAUGGGUCGCCCGUGCACUUAUCCAAUCUUGGGGAAGGAAGCCGGUACUUAUUAUCGGGUAUAUACUACUCCUAGUUGGAAGCAUCUUCAUGGCUUGGUUACCAAAUGAUGUUGUGGCAGUAGUAGGCCUCUUCAUCAUCGGAUGUAGUAUGUCGUUCCUACGACAGGUGAUUCGUGUCAUAUGUCGUGAACUAAAUGUAGGACGCAUGCAAGGAUGCAUCUCACUUUUAUUUAGUGUUAUGAUGCAAUAUGGAAACACCCUGGCCAAAGGUAUAAACUUGUCCACUUCCUAUAAUUUCAGAUCUGGAUGGCGUUGGUCUUUCGGGUGUUGUGGCCUUUUUGCCAUUCCACUAAUCCCAUUAUCUCUCUUUCUUACUGAGACCCCGAGGUUUCUCAUUGAGAAAGGGAGAAUGGACGAAGCAAGAGUGGCUCUCAGGAGGAUAAGAAGAAGUGCAGUGGAAGCAGAGUUCCAGGACUUAGCGGCCUCUAUAGAGAGAGAAGACAAGAGGCAAUGGAGGAGAUUGUCCCACUCGCCUCUUCUAAUGGUUAACAUAGCGGCCCAACUAAUACAAAAAUUCAUAGGCUUAGACUCGAUACUAUUCUUCGGGCCUUUAGUCCUUCAGUCCAUAGGAUACUCCUACCAAGCCUCUUUCAUCGCGCCAUUCAUUGCUACUGUAAUUCGGGCUGGAGUCACCGGAUUAACCGAUCUGACUUACACCUACUUCGGCCGACGGAGGACGCUAAUCUGCACAUGUGUAGGCAUGUUUCUAGCUCAGGUUUGUUUAUUAGGUGUUUUCUUGGACGGUGUAGAUCUCAUCUUUCACAUGAGUGCACGGAGUUCCUACAUUGCCACAACCUUUGCCAUCCCCCUAGUGGGAUUUUAUUCACUGUUAGAUGGACCAUCUGAUUGGACCACAGAAUCACAUCCCGAACGAACAAAACUACUUGGCACAUCUUUGGAGAUGACUGCAUCCACAUUCAUGUCACUGAUCAUGAACCCAGCAAUGACGUGGAUUAUUUGCUCUAUGAAGGUUUGGGUCUUCGCCUUUUUUGCUGUGGUUAUUCUCUGUGUUGGGUGGUUAAUUUAUAUAUUCCUACCUGAGGGGGCUGGGGAAAGGGAUGGUGGACCAAAUGAAGAUAUGUGGAGAGGCCAUUGGUUUUGGAGGAGAUUUCUUCCAGAAGAGGAUCGUGAUGAGAUAGUGUAG